AUGCUUGCCACAGAUGGCACAGGCGUCGAUAAGGCCCUGGUGGAUCGCGUGCACACGCAUGGGACAGACGAUCUCUACCCUGAUGGUGACAGGGAGAAAGUCGCCUUCACUGAAGAGGAGUUGACGAUUGAUGAGGCGCAGAAGAAGCGCAUUUUGAGGAAGGUCGAUUGGGCCCUUGUUCCCUACUUCUCCCUGCUCUACCUCCUCUCUUUCCUCGAUCGCGUCAACAUUGGACAAGCCAAUGUUGCAGGGCUCACACCAGCGCUCGGGCUCAAGGGCAACGAGUACGCAGUUGCCCUCUCCAUCUUCUUCGUCGCCUAUGUCAUCGUCGAAAUACCCUCCAAUUGGCUACUGAAGGCGAUGAAGCCUCACCGCUUCGUACCGCUGAUCAUGAUUGCAUGGUCCAUCGUCAUGAUCCUGAUGGGAGUAGUCCAGAACGCUGCUGGCCUGAUCGCCACACGUUUCUUCCUCGGUUUUGCCGAAGGAGGCCUUUACCCUGGAUUGAACAUGCUCCUCUCCACCUGGUAUCCACGCUCCAAGUUGAACCUACGCGUAGGCCUCUUCUUUGCUGGCGCAACACUGGCAGGUGCUUUCGGUGGCAUCCUAGCAUAUGGGCUCCGUCACAUCCAGACAGGAGCGGGCUGGAGAUUCAUCUUUUUCAUCGAAGGCGCGAUAACCUUCGUUUGUGCUAUCCCUGGCUACUGGAUCAUCGUAGACUUCCCUGGAGACAAGCAGAAGUUCCUCACGGAGCAGGAGGCGGCUCAAUGGACUCGCGUGCUCCAGCAAAGCCAAGGUGUGACAAAUGCACAGCUCCCUUUCACUUGGAAGCAGGUCAGGCAGGCAUUCAAGGACUGGAAGCUCUAUGUGUACAGCAUCAUGUACCUCUCAAUCGCCAACCCCCUCUAUUCGCUCGCCCUCUUUACGCCUCAGAUCAUCGCCGACCUACACGUGGCUGGCGCUGCGGCGACCAAUCUCCUCAGCACACCGCCCUACGUCCUCGGCUUCAUCACAACUGUUGCGGCGGCUGUGGUGUCCGACCGAUACCUUUGCCGCUCUGUGCCCAUCAUCUGCUGCAUGUCAGUCACUCUUAUUGGCUACAUCAUCCUGAUCACGGAUGUGCCCGCCGGAGUCAAGUACUUCUCCCUCUUCCUCGCCGUCGCAGGCGUCUCCCCCUCGAUCGCCCUCGCCAUCUCGUGGAUCGGCUCCAACUACGGUCCCAUCUACACGCGGGCAACAGCCAUGGGCCUCUUCUUCUCCAUGGGCAACUCCGCAGGCCUCAUCUCUUCCAACGUCUACCCAAAGACUGAGUCGCCGCGUUACAUCAAGGGCCAUGCGAUCAAUCUCGGCUUCACGGCCCUGGCCAUCGUCUGUGCGAUCGUGCUCGCGGUGGAGAACAAGAGGUUGAACAGAAAGAGGGACGCGAUCCAUCCUGCCAAGCCGGAUGGGAGCGAUGUGGAUAUCCGAAAGGCGGGAAACGAGGAGGAGAAGGUGAAGUGGGGACUGCAAGGGAUGAGCCAGAGGGAGAUCGUGGAGCUUGGUGAUCAUCAUCCGGGCUUCCGAUACGUGUGGUGA